GUUCUGCAUCUCGACCCCCUAAGCACAUGGCGCGGCAUGUGUUUCUCACCGGGCCUCCAGGGGUUGGCAAAACAACCUUGAUCCAGAAAGCCAGCGAGGUCCUCCAGUCUUCUGGGGUGCCCGUAGAUGGCUUUUACACACAAGAAGUCAGGCAAGGAGGGAGGAGGAUAGGAUUUGAUGUCGUCACCCUGUCUGGUGCUCGGGGACCUCUGUCCAGAGUCGGGUCACAGCCUCCACCUGGAAAGCCUGAGUGCCGAGUUGGGCAGUAUGUGGUGGACCUGGCUUCUUUUGAGCAGUUGGCACUGCCCGUCCUAAGAAAUGCAGGUCUCAGCCCUGGCCCUGGACACAGCGUGUGCAUCAUUGAUGAGAUUGGGAAGAUGGAACUGUUCAGCCAGCCUUUCAUUCAGGCAGUCCGCCAGACGCUGUCCACACCGGGCACUGUUGUCCUUGGCACCAUCCCAGUCCCCAAAGGGAAGCCACUGGCCCUGGUGGAGGAGAUCAGGAACAGACAUGAUGUGAAGGUGUUCAGUGUCACCAAGGAGAACAGAAAUAGCCUCUUGCCGGAUAUUGUGACCUGCGUGCAGAGCAGCAGGACCUGAAGCAGCCCGUGACCAGGUCCAGCUCUGCCUGCUGGUCGCUGCCUGCCCAGGUCUGCUACCACACUAUCAGUGGGUUUGUACCCUCUGCCCAAGAGAGCUGGACAGCUGCUUUCCAUAAAAUGCUCAUGAGAUCAGGCUAGCCCAGUGCCUGCUGGGCCAUGCACAGUGAACAGUCCACCAUGUCUUACUGUAUGCUCAAGGGUUCUGUCCAUUUCCGGUUGCAAUUGUGCCUGUGAUUUGAGUAAAUUCUAAAUGAAUGUGUCAGGGAUCAGUGGAAUUUGCCCGCUUUGGGGUUUAUAGAUGUGUUCAGGGCUGGGGAGGGAGUUUGGUUCUUCAUUGACUUUACGUGCUGUGAUAUUAAAUACCUCUCCAGGUGCAGCUCCAACUCAUGCGGCUGAAAGCAGUAACAACUUGAUUCUCUCCAGUUAUUUCCAAAGAAAAGCACAUUAGUUCUCCUCUUUCAUCUCUUGUUUAUUCCUUUGUUUAUUGCCUAAUAAAAAUGGAAAUAAA